AUGGGCAGCCCUGUGAGGAGCAACAGGGGUAUUGAAGAGAAUACUCUGGCCAUCCUUGAUUCUUCUGGCAUUAGGGACAGUCGCGACAUUCACGAUGACAGUAAGCGCCUCUACGCUGGUGUCAUGUUUCCCAUUUGCUUAUUCCAUCUAUUCCCCCCCUAUUCCCUUUGUGAUCAUACAAAUUACCUCAACUAACAGGGCUCGCGUUCUUGGAGGCUGUUCGCCUUGUUUCACUCACCUCCAAGCCCUCGUCUGCUCCCACCUGGUCCCUGCUAUAUCUUUUUACUUCCCAGCAUAGUUCUAAGAGAGGGUCGUGGAUUUUGAAAAUUACUUUUUUUUUUUCCUUUUACGCUAGAAAAUUCCCUAGCCUUGGGGACACAUAAUCAUUUGGAAAACAUCAACUUUUUAUAUUCAGCUUAGACUCAAUCUGUUGUUAAACGGAUAUACUACUCGAACAGGAACAUGUACAAUGCAGUUUUCCGUAUCUUUAGGGAUGGUACAUCUUUGGAGGAGAUCAUGACAAGUUAUCAGCUUCUUGUUGAGCUGGAAAAGGUUACUUGCUUGUUUUCUUCCUAUUCACGCCAUUCUGUAUUCCUUGAACCGUAAUUUAUCAUUUCCAUUGUGUUCCUUGAUGAUACACAGCAUUAUCCUAGACUUUGUUUGGUGGAUCAAUCGAAAUUUGAAUCUACCUUCGGUGGAGCAUGUGAACUUGUUGUGGUUAAAGAGGUAAUACCAGACACCUUAAUCUUCUUUUCUCUCUGGAUGGUCUUAUUGCCUGCAUUUCUUGUUUAUUACGUCGGAAUUACUCACAACAUUCUUUCUUUCUUUUUUUUGUUUUUUCUCCACAGACAUGGUCACCUUUUGUUGGGAGUGUUGAAAGUGCCCAUGCUGAUGAUGUUGAAACGUCUAGAAGUUCGGACAGUCUACUUGACGCACAUGUUUGUCAACUCAUAAAGUUUCAUCUCCUCGUUUUCUUUCUUUCCUCAUUUCUCUCUUUUCUUUAUAAGAAUAAUGUGAACUGCUGGCUGCACGUAUUAUCAUACUAUUUUAUCUUAUUUCCUAUUUCCUAGACCAAUCAUUUUCUCUUUUCUUGUCUCUUUGUGCAUUCUUCGUUUUGUAAUUUCUCUUCAACCAUAGUCUUCCAUACUUGUAACCUUAUUUUUUCAGCCUCUUUCUCUAUAUGUGUUUAUGUGAUCCAGACAAACAUUUGUUGAUUGCUUCUAUGUUUUUCUUUAAAAAAAGUUUUUUCUUCUUUUUGUCUUGAACUUUUGAAUUUUCUAAUUUGACAAUUUCUACAAGACUUUGAUAUGGUGCUUGGCAUGGAGAGGUGCCGUAUCUAACAAUGCCAUAUGCCUGGAUGAGGUGAUUUCUAAGGUUAAUAAGCACACUUGAAGCAUGCUCACGUGAAUUUUCUUUUUUCUAGUUGAUAACUAGAUGGAUUAAUCGUGCUUCUUAAUUGUCUCAGUUGUGUCAAUGUCGAAAUCAAGGCGCUAUGCUUCUACAUCUUUGGGCCAAUCAUACUGUCUCUUUGUCAUGACAGCAAUAGGAUGGACAUUGUGCAUAUAAAAUAUAUAGGUUGGAUGCAUUUCGUCCAUUUGGGAAUCAUUUUACAUACCACAUCAAGUUGGAUUUUAUUCAGUGGAAACUGGGAGAUGUCAAUAGUUGGAAUUUUAUGGUCCUUUGUUUUCAGAUAUUUCUUCAAUUUAUUGUCAAUUAAUUCAAAUCAUCUGAAUGAAAACAACAGAGAAAGUUUUAACCAGGGCAUUGAAUACAAAAAAUAAUUAAAAUUUAAUCAAAAUUACAUUGUUUAUUCUUUGAGCAUGCCCACUUACUAUAGCAAUUGAAAUAAAGACAUGUUUUCAUUAUGUAUCUAUAUGUGUUAUGCAUAUUACUUUUCAUUAUCCAGUCAUGCUACAACACUUGACAUAUGUCCAUUUUCUACUGAUCGUAGGUUUUCAUAUAUGACAUCGAAUGGAUAACAUCAGCAUGGGUACGGAACGUGUCCAAAACUUUAUUUCUCUAAAAAAUAUCCAUCUUUGAGUCCUAGGUAGCAAUCCUGGUGUUAGCACUUUCUUGUCCCAGUUUUCUAAAUCCUAAAGGCAGCAAAGCUGGCCGUUUCAGCUAUUGGAUGUUGAGUCCUAUGAAUCUUCCUGGCAUUAUGAAACAGACAUUCUGAGGACUGUAUAACGACUUUUGAAAGAAAUUCAUAACAGUAGAGAAUCUAAAUAGUGAACUACAGUUUUACCACAUUCACUUCCAGUGAGAGCUUGAUUCUCUCAUUCUCUUCUUCUUGAGUAAUGUGAAGAAAUGCUUUUUGAAGAAUGGCUCUUUGGCUCCUAUACUUAAUGUUCUGUAAAGAGCUUUUGUUAAAGAAUUGCAUUUCUGUGUGCUUGCAUGGGAUUAAGUUGCACUUCACCUUUUUGGUGAAGAGCUUGAGUGCCAAUAGGUGUAGACAUGUAGGAUUGUCCAACGUACUGGAAAUUAUUACAUUUUCUUAUUAUGCUCGCACCUUUCCGUGAUUAUAAUUCUUAUUCUCAUAUCUUGCGUGUUUAACGUGCAAUUUUACUACAACAUUUUAUAUCUAUUUGACUCUUCUGGAUUAUUGUCACUGAUUGAGGCCAACCAUUGAAUCUUUUCUUUCAUAACUUUAAAUGUUUUUCUAUUUCUUUUACCUUGUAUUUUUUGAAAGAAGCAAAUGCUUUAUUAAUUUUUUGUGGGGAUGAGGACAUUGGUCUCGAAGUUUUAUUUUGUGGCCUUUUCAUUCACUUCUUCAAUCACGUGAUGUUUGACUGUCUGCUCUAUGAUGGAAUAAUUGAUAUCUUUGUGGAAAAAAAACCCUAGGGAAAUCUGCUCAUUAAUUCAAUGGAAAUAUUCUAUUCGUCCCUUUAUCAGCUUAUGCAAACAGCAUAAUAACUGAGUUUAGCAUUAGGUAAAUGGCAUUGACUUUGUUUGCUGAAUCUAGGUAGAAUUUUAAUGAGUGAAAAUGUGAAAAUUCUCGUGUUUUAGAAUUUAAUAGAUAUAAGUUGGGACGAUUUGCGUUCAACCUAGAUUUUCUAUAAAAUCUCUUUAAAGAUCUGUAGCUUCUUCAUAGAGUUGACCCUUUGUCAACCGUCCUGAUAUAAUAUUGCACUGCAUAUUCUCUAUUAUAUUGUGGUUUUGCCUACUGUAAGUGCAACAAAUCUUUGUACGUGUAUAGCAUGUACAUUUUUGUAAAUAUUUUUGACGUUCCAAUUCUGGUAUAGAACUCUUGUAAAAAAUAUAGGCCUUCUCAUCCUCAGUGAUGAUGCCAGAGUAGCAGUUUAACUGAUGAAAGUCCACCAGAUACAAUACAAGGCUUUAUAGUGAUUUGGACAAACCUGGACUUACCACACCCCUUGAGUCUUCUCUUGAGUGUUCUGGUAGUUAUCUUCUCAACCUCUUAAUCUAUGGCUUCUCAAGAUGGCAAUCCAAUUGUCACGCUUGUUAUCAUGUGACGUAUUCGAUGUCAACUCUUAAUUAUGUUCUGAUUGCGUUGCAGUCGUAAGUGUGUUACUGCAAGUCUGAUCUAGGGGAUAUUUCUCACGUAUUUCAAUUGUUGACCUCUGUGAGUCAAAGGUUUAAUCUCAAACACACUUCAAUACCAAAUAAGAUUGUUGAAAUUUUACUGAUUGUUGCCGUUUGCAAUCUUAUUAAGUGCUUCAGUUGUUCACCUAGAAUGAUAAGAGUUGAGAUGUGGCAACUCCCAGCUGUGGAGUGUCAACAUGCUCUGGUUUAAAUUCGCCAAACCCAUUAGUAUAAAAAGCAUUUUUAGAAGACGAAGUCGAUUUGAGUUAUCAUAGGUUUAUUUAUUGUAUUAUAUUUUUUUAUUAAUCCAAAAAAUUCUGUUGAUGUGUGUCUAUGUAAAUAGAUUCACAUGACUUUAAUGAGGCAUGGGAUAAGGGGACUAAGGCAAUUAAAUGAUGGGGUGAGGGCAGUAUGCAGGACUGCGAUUUGCUUUCUAUAUCUUGAUUUGAAAACUCAGUGCGUUACUUAUUGAUCUAGAGUUUUUUUUUUUUAAUAUGAAAAACUGUAAAGGUCGAAAGAUUGGAUUCUUUCCUUUGAAAUGGCUGUUUUGGCUGAUCCGAUCUUGUCCUGAAUUAGAUUAACCUGGUGAAUUAAGGGUUCUAGUCUGAUUUGGGGAAUAAGUCUAAAGCAUUUCGACAGUGGUUGGGAUCCCAUUACUGAUGAAGGUAGCAUCGUUAUCCCGCAUUGCUGGUGUGAUAGAUAUGAAUAUGGGUGCACAACACUUUUUGUCGAUCAGUGACAAGAUCAAUGGAAUGAGGGGCCCUUAUUCACAUUAAAAACAUACCAAAAGAAGAGGUCCUUGUGGGAACUGAUCUGGAAAGGACUACAUUCGGUAAAAUUUUCUGAGAGAAGAGUACAUGGAAGAGCAGUUUUGGAAUUGUUAAUUCAUGAUGGUUUACAUUAUCGUUCAUGUUUCCUACCAUACAUUUAUCGUUGGUCUUCAUUGUUUCUUGUUUUAGACUACUGAUAAUUAGUAUGACACCCCUAAAUGGCAUAAUUCACAUGCUUGCCAACGAAGGUUUUUCAAAGUCCUUACCUUGCUGUUGAAAAUUUAGUCUUCAAAGUCAUUGGACAUAGUCGCUGGUUAAUGAUGGUGGGGCUUGAUUAUUCUGAUGACAUCAUUAUCAGGGAGGCCAAUCAUGUGUUGGCAAUUGUACUUAAGUUUUGCUGAAUGAUGCUUACCCUUGCUGCAAACCUUACAUGAGCUGUACUUCUUUCCUUAUAAAAGUCGCUUUUCAACUUUUUUGUCUAUGAAAUUUGAUUUAACAAAUAUCACUUUUUCCAGGGAUUUUCCUUUUUAACACAUGAGCUUGCUCAAGCCGCUAGUGCACUGGAUUUCCCAAUAACAAAUAAGGCAGGCUACCUUUUCCUUUUAUUCCCUUUUACUAUCGUUUUUAAUUAUUUUGAUCGAGAUACUUCUCAUAGCUAGUGAGUUACUGCACCUUUAUUGUUUGAACUAAAAGAUGGAGCAUAAUAUAUUUGAGUGACUUGUUUCUCAUUGAGCUUUACCAUUAGCCAUCACAUUUACUUCUUUUGGAGCAAAGUUUCUUAUGACAAAUAGUUCAUAGAGUGAAACGUUGACAAAAAUUCUUUUGCAGCUUUUGAAGAAUUUGGUACUGCUCCAAUACCUUGUACAUGUCCUUGAGGGAGAUUUUCUACCUCGGGAAACUGUGUAUAAAGGUUAUUCUUCUCCAUCAUUAGUAGGCAUUAGAUGAAUGUAAAUUUUUUAUUUUUCUUUUCCUGAGGACUAAAGCAUUCAUGUUUCUCAUAUUUUGCAGCGACCAUGAAAUGGAUUUUUCUCAGAGAAUCAUUGUUGAGCCUGAUUCUGGUACUUCACUUGCAUAUAUUCUAAAAGUUCAUCUGUUGUUUCUGAUAUCGUGAGGUAUUUUUGUUAUCUGAUUUUGCGUUAAGACCUAUUCUAUUUUAGCAUUAGGGUUGUCAACUGGGUCAGGGCUUGUGAAGACAAGGUAGGAAUUUUGGUUUUUAUAUGGAGCCUGCACAUAUCUUUCGCCUCUAGAAGAUUAAAGAGUCUUUAAACUGCGGGCAAUGUUUGGGCCCAUGUAACCUUUUUUUUUUUGUUAGUUUAUUGAGACAUCAUCUAUCAUAAAAUCAUGGUUAAGUAGUUAGUAGACUUUGUAAUGGUCAGCCAGGGCAUGGUCGGUUUUUUGUUGCCUCAACCCCGCCUAGUUCCAAAAAUGGGACUUGGGUCUGAGCUCUAUGAAUCUCAGGCCCAGUCCCACCUGGUUUAAUCAUCUGUCUUAUCACAAUAGUUUCUUCUAGAAAGGAAAAAAGAUGUGACGAUUGAGCUCAGGGUCUACUAGGGUAUGGUGUCCGCGGGAUUCCCUCUGUGGUGGCUGAAGCUAGGGUGAGGGUUGUUAUAUGAAGGGAACACACAUCUGUGUUGGGAGACAGGAUCCUAGAGGGGAAUUAGUGUCCAUUCACUUCGGUACGGGGGUGGCUACACGGGGAGAAGGGAUGCAAUCCUGAGAAGAAGAGGGAGUCACCAAAGUAGACAAGGGUGGUCUCGUUAAAGGCAGGGGGCUGCCAUGUGGCUGAUGCAGCAGUCACAUGAGGGGAAAUUUUCCUGACCUCAUGACACCCUCUGUAGCAUGAAACGUUUCCAAGACCUGGCUAUAUUGAAGCUUUAAAGGUUUUCUUAUUACUUUUUUGUGGUUAAUGACAAGUAUGUUGAAUACUUAAAAAACAUUUAUGUUUACAGGGAUCUCGCAAAAUAAACAUCAGAUAUUUUAUUCAAGACUGUAUGACCAUCAUAUCAGGAGGAUUUGUUCGUCACAAGAGUGGCCGUUUUCAUGAUCUGGAAAAUGUGGAGACCUUUUUGCCUGGGGUAGUUGAAGAACCUGAUCUUACCUUGCUGUAUGCAACAUUGGAGAUGGGAAAAAAAACUGUCAUUGCUGUCGAGAAACUUUUGAUAUUGGUGGGUUUUCUAAAAUCUAAUUUAUUAUUUCGUUUAGAAUUACAAACAUGAGAAAGUAUGAAUGUCAUUUCUUUUUUCAUUUUCAGGUUAUCCGUCUUGACAUGCACCGGAAAGUAGCAGACAUACAAGGUUAUACUUCUCGGGCUGAUGCAAUCAGGUUCAUGGAUUACUGUGCAGCUAUGCUUAGUUUGUCAUUUAUAGAAGAAAACCCGUUGAUAAGGAUUAAUGCCACCUGUGCAGGGUUCCACUUAUGGAGAUGAUUGUAGAUCAGUUGUCUUACAAUAAAGAUGUAAUUUCUCCAUUUUUACUGGUACGUAAGAUUUAUAAUUAUAUCUUUGUAUCUAACUAGAAUUGAUGGACAUUGAAUGAUGCACCUUUAGGUUCUGGAAAUAAGUCUGUUUUCUAUGUGUAGAAUGGUAGUCCUCAAUUUGGUGUGCUGGAGAAUUCGCAACACCUUUGGAGAGGAAGAAAAAAAAUUAUUGAAUGAAAAACAAGAAUCUGUUUACAGAACGGACGGGGUCCAGUAUUUAUAAUAGACCCUUGAGAGUACAUGAUUACAAGUAUUCAGGGCAUAUCUGCCAAUAUGGAAGUACAGGGUUUAUUUAUAAAAUCCUCACAACAACACUAUGGAGAGAAAUUAAAUCAUGGUUUUAAAAACACAAAAUGGGUCGAGAAUGCAUAAAUUCGUUUUUUUGGUGCGCUGGAAGUCAUCAAAAUGACAUGAAAAGUAUAAUGAGUCUGGUAUAGGAGAGAAAUAGACCAAAAGAAGGAUGAAAUCACGACAGUCUCACAUUAUAUUCAUGCAAAUUAGGAUAUGCUGCACCAUUGGAAACUUUUCAACUUAAGUAAUUACGGAUUUUAUGCAUGUUUUGGGGUGUCAACUUUGCUUUUAGGUGGACCGGAUUGCAAUCUUUUAUUUUUUGGGGUAAGAGGGAAACUGAACCACUAGAUCUGGCAGACACAAGUCUCCUUUGAGCUCCCCUGUCUGCAAUGAUGUUGAACAUGCAAGCUCCACUUUGAUGGAGAACUUUGCUACCUGAAUAGUGGCACCGUUCGUUAUGGGUACUUUCAGAUUAGUAGAAAUAUAAUGCAUUGGUUUUUUUGAAUAAAAUGAUUAGGAUAGAAUGCAUUGGUUUAUUUAUUAGGAUCUUAUGUCUUUCAUUACCCUGAGGUGUAAUUUUAGUCAUUGACCUGAGGCAUGAUACAUGUUUGAAUUUCUGGGAUUCCAUCAUAUGUUACAUCUACGCUGAUUGAGCAGGUUCAAUAUCUUGCUAGUUUGUGGAAGGGGGUUAUAAGCAGACAGUUGACAGUGGGGUGGCCAAUCACUCAUGUUGAGUAAAUUGAUGCUUAGAAUUCAUUUCCCUUGCUUACUGUUUCCCUGGAUCUUUUGCUGAUAUGGUUUGAUAUGUACUUUCUCACGAGUGUAUAUCUUUCCUUGAUGAAAUGCUGUUUUAUACAACAACAAAAAUUCGAUGUGACGAUUUAAGUAUGGCACAUUGCAGGCCUUUUCUGAACCGAAGUGGAAGCUUGAAAUAAUUAUGCAAUAUUUUUGGAAAUAUUGUCACCGGGUAUGUUUCCUCAGAAUUUUAGUCAUAUGUAAUAAUUUUAUUUUUCUUCAAGAUUUUGAUUGACUUGUAAUAUGCUCUGAUUUUUUAUGGGAACUUUGAGGAGGUAGUUUCAGUGUCGACAAAGGUGUUUGGCUAGCUUAUGUGUCUAGGCCAUAAACUAUGAUGAGUUUUGUUUUGAUACACUAGAAUCUACCAGGCUUUUGGCCGCUUGACCUACGAACUCAUGCAUGUCUGAGCCAUUAGUCUAGCUCAUAAAGUACAAUGAGAUGGAUUUUGGUAUGAGGAAAACGAAAAGAAGCAAAGAAAAUAACAUGAGAUGCGUUUUGCAUCAUUAGAGGCUGCAAAGAACUUAGACAUUAACAGUAAAUCAAAGCCAUGAAAAAACUACAACUAGAGUUGAUGAAGUAGAUUUUAUUUCUUAUGAUAUUUGCAUGGUGGAGAAACACAAAAACACAGGCGACAGGUUGGCCUAAACCACGGUUUUUAUCAAAAUAUCAGUUUUGGGUUGUCAGGUUAAAAUAACUGAUGGUAAAAGACACCAAUCUCAGCUGCAUUGUGGCCAAAUCAGUCACGAUUGACAAGGUUACAAUCGAAUUGAAUUUUUCAGAAAAACCCUUUAACAAAGGUUGGUCAAAACUUUCUCUCGAAGCUUCAGCUACUUCAGACUUAAUCUUAAGCAUAUGUAUGACUGGCUGUCUGACGGGCCUAUUAUUCUUUCUUGGAUAUCUCCAUUCAGCAUAAGACUUAGAAACGUUGUUAAGUCAAUUUUAAGAAAAGUUAUGAUCAUCGCCAAAAUAAGCUUUCCUCGUAUUUUCUUUAUGCUGUGACAAGAGUGUUGCUUCUGUUUGCUGUGCUUGUAUAUAUAUAUAUAUAUAUGUUCUACUUAGUAUCGGAAUUGCUUCUAUUUAAAGCAGCACUUUUCGUUUUCUUCUUGUCUUCAUCAUAAUAACUUUAUGUACAAGCCGUUAAUAUUUUUUCAACUGAGGUUCUUGUUAUUCCAAUCUCAUGUGUCUUAUUGCAGGCUCCAGUUCACACUCGAAGGUCAAAAAAUUCUUCUGAUGAUGCUACAUUUGAAACCAUCCUGAAAUACUUUUCGAAUGGUCCAAGCACCCAAACCCUCGUAAGGAAGAUGUCUUCAGAAGUGGUUCAGUUGCUUCUUGCACAUGGUUUUCAGGUGACUCUUCUUGGCAAUCCUCAGUUCGCUAUGCUUCCAACAACAUUAAGUAAAAAAUUGCAUUUGGUGUUUGGAGCCUAAUUCAUUUUAUCAUCGAUUGAAUCACUGAUUGAUCAGGUGUCGUCCUGAGUAUGGAUUGGGCCCAUUUAAAGUGUAGUACACCCAUUUAUCUUUCCUCAUAUAGGAUUGGCCAAACUAUUUGUUAGUGCUUUCUGACCCAAGCCUGGCCUUGGCUUAGUGGGCUUCCUUGCAGCCUACCUGAUGACUCUGCCUGUUUUAUGGCGUAAAUAGGGGAGGGUUAUUUCAUUUGGCAGUAAAAAGAAGAAACAACCAUGACUUUAAUGAUGAUCGGUGAACCCAUGGGAAUGAGUCUGCAACUAGCGUAUCUAGAAAUAAUGGCUAACAAUGGCAGCCUUAAAAAAGAGAAAAUGAUUGAUAUCCUCAUUUGUUUUAAGAUUUAUUGAGAGCUGACCUUUUCACCUCGUGCAAAACAUUAAAAUCUGCUGGGAAAAACCAAAGUUUUCGUAAUGCAUAAAAUGAUUUAUGCAACUUAACUGUAAAUAUACUCAAUAUUAUGGGUUACUUUUCUGUCAAGAAAUGAGCUUUUCAGAUUUCCUUUUUUUCACAAUCCUUUUUAGGGGAAGGCCCAAUACCAUAUUUUGUUGUUAAUUAUGUUUGUGGUAUGUUUGCAAAUUAUAUCGAAUCUCUCUCAUUGGUGGAGAUUAAUCUUAUAGCGUAAAAAAAUCAAUGUCAGCCCCAAAAGACUGAAGCAAGGCUAAAUUGAAGUUGUCAUUCAUGGAAAUAUCUGGUUCACAGGAUCCAAAAAGUGUAGAGAUAUAACACUUUUUGGUUCCGAAUUUUUUCUGUUUUUAAUAGUAAUCCUAGUUUUCUUGGGUAGAUGUUGCCAAAAGAACUAUUGCAGAAUUUAUAAUUGGAUAUUACAUUUAUGCAGUUAAAUAGAAAACUGGGACAGCCUUUUUAUUCACACUUCGGUUUGUGCAGAUUUGUGUAGGCAUUAUCGAGGUUAAAGAUGUAUAUGUGUGACUGAGCAUGCUGAAAUGAUUCUCGGUGUAAUAACCUGUAGUAUUGUGAUACCCAUGUUUGUUUCUUUCACUGCCAUGCUUUCAGCCUUAACCUUUCGAAAAAAACAUCACCAUAAUGUUUGGUAUCUAUACACUAUGAAAGGCAUUCCUAGUCAAGAAAAGCACGCAAAUUCACUGAUGUUGAUUAAUGUGUUAAAACUUUGUGAAGGCAUAAAGGAAAGAUUUUCAGUAAAAAUCACUUAAUAUGCAAUAAAAUGAUUUAGAGGAGUAAGAAUGUUAAAUACGUUAUUAAUAAAUGGUCUUGUGGUGCGUUGCAAAUCAGUAUGCUGAUGAAUAUCUCGAUUCAAAUUGAGCCGGGCUAAAUUGACAUGUAUACACAAUUUGGUCACUUGGGUAUGGCUUCACUUAUGCGUGACAUAUUUUUAUUAUAAUAAGGCAGUAAGUAGUCUACGGUGCUGCUCUCCUGAGCAUUAUUGGGGUACUAAACUACCUACCUGCCCUCAAGGCCCAGUCAAUACAGAAAAAAAAAAUGCGACUUUAGUCAGUGGAAUUGUGAGACAUUUUGAAGGAGGCAGAGUGGAUUUUAGAGAUCAGCCUGUAUGAAAUUUUACUGACCUGAUAAUUCAACGUCAUCAAUGAAAUAUACACCUGAGUCGUAACAGCUGAGCCAGGUUUCAGUUCUUGAAUCUAUCUCUAUCAAUUCGAGUGCAAGGAGACAUCAGCUUACGGUUUGACUAUGACUGUGGGCAGGGGAGCUCCCUGAUGAGGUAGGACCAAACAAUAUGCUCUAUUUAGCUGAAGCCGUUUGUGCUUGGUGUGACAGUAAUCUGUGUAUCACUUGUCAUUCAUCAUUGUAGAUCUGGUGUCUCGCCUCUCUAUUUUUAUUCCAUCUUUAACGCACCCCUUGCAUAAUUUCCUUUUCAGGCAUACUUAUCUUCUGUAUGGCACAAUUCAAAACUGCUCGCCGAUAUUGAGGAAACCCUGAAAGACGUCCCACUUUUGCAGAUUUCCAAGGGCCUGAUCUGUGCGUAUGAAAAUAUUAAGAAAAAUAAUGAGUAAGUUUUGCCCAAACUUGGGUUUUGUAUAUAUAUAUAUAUAUAUAUAUAUAUAUAUUUAGCUGAUCCUUUGGCUGAUGGGAAUCAGAGGACUAGGUGGUAAUGAUUAGAAUUUCGGAUCCUUAAGAUUUGCUUAAACUCAUGUCCUAGGCCUGAGUGGUACUCUGAUUUGCUUGGAAAAUUCCACUACAUACAUAGAUACAUAGUUACAUACAUAGUUACAUACAUACAUACAUACAUACAUAGUUACAUACAUACAUGCAUAGUAGGUAGGCACUAUGAAUCCACAGUCUUACAAAUCAAUGAUAAUAUCGGACAAUGUUAUUGAGCACCUGCAUUCCAGACAGUAAUUUGCCAACAUGUGUUAGUGAUAAACUUACUGGGUAAGUAAUUCUUCUUUUUUUCUUGUUACUUUUGUUCCUUAUAUUUCUACCAAGCUUUACUUGAAUCAAUCAGAUUUAGCCGGAAAAAAGUAUACUCGACUCUCUCUGGGAUUUCUUCAAGCAUUUUUGGCCCUUGACUGCUUUCAGUUUUCGGUUUAAAAAAAAGGGGAAGCUUUAUGCUGUUUUGGAUGUUUUGGGUAUGAUGAAAUUGGAUGAGAGUUGUAGCAGCGGCUAUGCCUUGCUCUUGGAAAAGUUCUGAAUGUGAUGAUGGCUCUUGUGCUGUGUGAUUUGUGCAGUGGUAUCCGUCUUUCAGCAUUCGAAAAGGAAGCUUUAUUUACUGCUGCAACAAUUGUUGCACUGGAUUCUCAAUUCUAG